AUGGAAAAUGAUGUAGGUUUUGAAGAGAUUUCGAAACAGCCUGAACUUCGAAAUAAUAAGAUAAUAUUUGGAAUUCAGUGGAUUGUGACUGAUUUAUAUUCUCGAAUCAUAUUCUUGAAUUCAAAUUCGAAAAAUAGUAUUUUGUAUUUCUUGGAAUUUCAAAAUUAUUCACAAAAUCAAUCAAUAAUUUGCACUUAUGAAUGGAAUUUGAACUUCGAGUAAGUUUUGAAUUUUUUCUUCUAACUUGUAAAUAAAAAUGUGGAUUUUCAGAAAUUCCAAAAAUAUUAUAAAAAUGUUGAUUGUUGAAGAUGGAAAGCAGAAAGAAGUUUCGCUGAAAUACUUCAAAGAAUAUUUGGAAAAAUAUAGGAACAUUUUGAGAAGUGUUAUGAUAAGUGUGGUUUGUUUUUCAGUAGACUUUGAGAGAAAAAAUAAAAUUUUUUGUGCAAAAAUAUAAAAUAAGAUAAUUUCUCAAUAUUAUUACAGUAUGAUUUCUCCUUCACUGAAUUCAAUCUAAAAAACCUGCCAAACUUGGACGAAAUCAAAAUUCAAAGAUCAUCGCAUGAAAUUGAUCUUCUAGAUUCCGAAUUUCUUACAACAAAUCAGGUGAUAUCAAAAUAUACAAUUUUCAAAAUAAAUUGUUUUUUUCUAGAUUUUCAAAGCUCAAGAUAUUGUUUCACUUCCUGCUACAAAAAUAACUUUCGAUCAAUUAUUGAAUUUUCGAGCUCGAGAAAUAUUGAUUGAUUUUAUUGGGAUCAAUGCAUAUGAAAUCAAAAAAUACCUUGAACUUUGGAAAAAUGGAAAUUUACAUCGAAAUCUUCAAUUAUUGCAUAUUAAUUUUAUGAAAACUUCGAGGAAAAUUAAUAUAAGUUUGGUUCAACGAAACUUGGAAGUUUUUGAAUAUAAAUCAGAUGAACAAGGAUUUACUACAUUCAAAAUUAAGAAUAAUAAUAAUUGUUCAGCAACCAUCGAGUUUUCAAAAAAUUCAUAUUUUGUCGCACGAUUUGAUGUGAGCUGA